CUGUUCACUGUUUUUAGUUGCCAAGCAAGACCAAGUCGGAAUUCCUCUCGCCUCUGUGUGCGGACUAUAGCAGAUUUCAACCAUUUUCAUCAAAAUGAAAAACAAUCUCUUUUGCUUCCUCGGUCUGUCCAUUAUUGGAAUAGUGUCCACUGACAGUUGCUCGCUAGAGAUAUCUCCCUCCAGAGUAGUGGUGAAAUUUGGGGAUCCGGUGUCGGUCAGCUGUGUGGCUUCGCGUCCAGUGCGCGUGCUGGGAUGGGAAUCGGUCAUUGCCGCAUCGCACACUCAGAAUGACCUCAGCGUUCAGUGGCAGGUGGACAGUUUGACUGACUGGAUUGAGGAGCCAAUCUGCUAUGGUGUUUUUUUCACUGCACCCAGACAGUGUGAGGAAAAACUCAACCUUGUUCUAUACAAGAAACCAGACAGUGUGUCCAUAAGUUUAGUAAAUCACAGCAGUCCAGUGGUGGAAGGAAGAGAGUACCAGCUACAGUGUGAGGUGCAGAACGUCGCACCUGUCCAGUACCUUGUUUUACGAUGGUACAGAGGAAAAACUGAGGUUUACAACCACUCGUUCUCAGAGUUAUCCCCUGCAACACCAGUCCAGGUGUCCUCCACCUUGCUGAUUGUCCCAAACAGAGCUGAUAAUGGAGCUCAAUACAGGUGUGAAGCACAGCUGGAACUGGGAGCAGAAGGACCUCGACCUCCUCCAACAGUUCAGUCUGAAGUUCUCAACAUUGCUGUUCAAUACCCGCCGAUCUUCCGCAGUCCAGAGGAAGAGACACUGGACAUCAGUGAGGACAGUGAAACGGUGCUGGAUUGUACUGCGGAGGGUAACCCACCUCCUGUGUAUGUCUGGUCCUCCUCAAACCUUCAGGAGAAGGCUGAUCAGCCUGUUCUGACAGCUGCAUCUUUGAGCCCAGGACUAUAUACAUGCACUGCGUCCAAUAUCCUGGGGAAAAAGAGCAAACAGUUUGUCAUCAAGCACAAAUCCAGGUGAAUCCUAAGGAGUUUAAGUCCAGAGACCUUGAGAACGAACCGGAGACAAAGAGCUCUAGAUGGUACGCUCAGGACCUUCUGGACAUGGGAGAUCAAAAUCUAACUUGGCUCUUACAUUUUAGGUGUAUUUUUAGAGGACUCUCUUUUCAGGGUGAUUAUGAUUUGUUAAAUAUGAGAGUCAAACCUACAUAUGUGUAAAAUCCAUCCUAAGCUUUAUUAAUAUUGUGUUUAAGAUACUUUUAACAGAGCAUUUGUAUGUUCCAUGACACACUGUGAUGGCUCUGACAUCUCAGUGUUUUUGUAGAAAUAUACUCACCCAAUAAUAAUAUGAAUAAUAAUAAUAAAAGUUAUGAAUACAGUACAAAAGAUAAAGCAUGUUUGAUUAAUUGGAUGCUCUUUAAGACAUAUCA